UUAACAGAAGUCGCACACACACAAAAAUCCACUUCAUAAUAUUUAAGUUUAUUGUGUUGGUUCCCAUUUACAGUGCUCAUGCGGUCCAUGCAGUGCUGGAGACGCCGGGCUGAUUCCAAUUAUGCCUUCCAGCAUUACAUGCAGCCUAGUGGAAAGGGGACCUGCUGGAAUUUAAAAACUCAUUCUUCCAUUCACUCACCAAAAUGCCACUGUGUGCUCUAUCACUCUACGCCCUAGUCGGGCAUCUCAAAAACGCCGGUGCUAUAAGGAAGCCGCAAUCUAGCACCAUCGCCCAUUCAUUGGCCAGAGCCUGGCUCCCGGGUCACCGUUGCUGAGCUAAGUCCAACCGUCCACGGCGCUCCGGAUUGGCCUACGUCACUUCCUCGGCUCAAGACACUGUCCACGCAGUAGCCUUGUCUUAACCGAGACCCGCCCACAGGGCGGGACCAGACCGCAUCCCGCCAGGGAAAACAGCCGUCGGACCUUGCCCUGAACGCCGCACCCCUGAGACUCUCACUUGACUUGGAAACAGUCCCAGGAUUGGGACCACGAAGCAAGCCGAAGGCAGUCACCAAGAGCCGAGUACGCCCAGAGACGCUCCGGACCGGCCGGAAGCGGAACCGAGCAGAGCCGGAAGGAGCUAAGCCCACCUGAAGGUUGCUGAGCACCCGCAAGCGCUGAGCCCAACGGAGCCCACGUCAUGGCGGCGGACGGGACAGGUGUAGCCGGAGGAGGAGCUGCCGGCGGCUGCCUGACCAAAGACAGUUUGCAGGAUGCUAAGUGCCCAGCGGCCAUCCCCCGUCGGCGGCGCGCUUCAUCGCUGUCUCGUGACGCGCAGCGCCGAGCCUAUCAGUGGUGCCGGGAGUACCUGGGCGGGGCCUGGCGUCGAGCCCGGCCGGAGGAGUUGAGCAUUUGCCCCGUGAGCGGAGGCCUUAGCAACCUGCUCUUCCGAUGCUCGCUACCGAACCACCUGCCCAGUGUGGGCGAGGAGCCCCGCGAGGUGCUACUACGACUGUAUGGGGCCAUCCUGCAGGGUGUAGACUCGUUGGUAUUAGAGAGUGUUAUGUUCGCCAUUCUUGCAGAGAGGUCACUAGGGCCCCAACUUUAUGGAGUGUUUCCAGAGGGCCGCCUGGAACAGUACCUCCCAAGCCGACCAUUGAAAACUCAAGAGCUCCGGGACCCAGUGUUGUCAGGAGCCAUUGCAACCAAGAUGGCCCGUUUCCAUGGCAUGGAGAUGCCCUUCACUAAGGAGCCCCACUGGUUGUUCGGGACCAUGGAGCGGUACCUCAAGCAGAUCCAGGACCUGCCUUCCACUGGCCUCCCCCAGAUGAACCUGCUGGAGACGUACAGCCUGAAGGAUGAGAUGGGCAACCUCAGGAAGUUGCUAGAUGCCACCCCAUCCCCAGUGGUCUUCUGCCACAAUGACAUCCAGGAAGGGAACAUCCUACUGCUCUCAGAGCCGGAAAAUGACGACAGCCUCAUGCUGGUUGACUUUGAGUACAGUAGUUAUAACUACAGGGGCUUUGACAUUGGGAAUCAUUUUUGUGAGUGGGUUUAUGAUUAUACCCACGAGGAAUGGCCUUUCUACAAAGCAAGGCCCACAGACUACCCCACUAGAGGACAGCAGCUCCAUUUUAUUCGCCAUUAUCUGGCAGAGGUCCAGAAAGGUCAGAUCCGCUCUGAAGAGGAGCAGAAGAAACUGGAAGAAGAUUUGCUGAUAGAAGUCAGUCGGUAUGCGCUGGCAUCUCAUUUUUUCUGGGGUCUGUGGUCCAUCCUCCAGGCAUCCAUGUCCACCAUAGAGUUUGGCUACUUGGUAAGCAGCUCAUCGGGUGGGCAUGUUGGGUGGGGCUUGAGGAGAGCACUGGUCAUGUCCUCCAGCAAAUCCAGGCAGCCCCCGGUGGCUGUGGGCAGAACGCAGCAGGUAUGGCUCCUGCUUCCAGCCUUGUUGCUGCUCUGCAUUGCCGUUCCCUUCCUUAGGAGUAUGCCCAGUCUCGCUUCCAGCUCUACCUCCAGCAGAAGGAGCAGCUGGCCAGUUGCCACCCGUCGUCUUGACUACCCAGCCCCACCUCCGAUUCCUCCUGCAGCCUCCAGGGCAGGACCUUGGAGAGAGGGGCAAAGAAGAAGAGACCCCAGAGACUGGGCUGUGCCUCUUAAGUGAGACUGCUGUUAAAAUAGCUGACCUCUGUCCCCCUGUUUUGAGUAGUUGCCCAGGGUGGGCGUCUGGGAACCCCUGGGACCGUGUACCUAAAUAAAUGAAUUUCUUCACAAAUACAAACCGA